AGUUUAUUUAUUCAUAUGUUUGGAAAUAAUUAUUGUUAAUCAUGUGAAAUUAUUUAAAACAUUUCAAAUCAUUUAUAAUUUUUAUUUCGAGUCAAAGUUCAUUUGGAAGUGUUCCAAAAUUUUUGUUUUUAUCUUUGGAAAUUUAAUUUUUAAAUUCAAAAAUGAGGGAAAUAGUACAUUUACAAGCCGGACAGUGCGGCAACCAAAUUGGGGCAAAAUUUUGGGAGGUUAUAUCCGAUGAACAUGGAAUUGAUGAAACAGGGACUUACCAUGGUGAUUCAGAUCUUCAACUGGAGAGGAUUAAUGUUUACUACAAUGAAGCUCCUGGAGGUAAAUAUGUACCAAGAGCGGUUCUGGUGGACCUGGAGCCGGGUACGAUGGAGUCCGUGAGGUCGGGACUGUUUGGCCAGAUCUUCAGACCGGACAACUUUGUCUACGGACAGAGCGGAGCCGGCAAUAACUGGGCCAAGGGACAUUACACCGAGGGCGCCGAACUGGUCGACUCUGUACUCGAUGUCGUCCGCAAAGAGGCUGAGGGAUGUGAUUGUCUACAGGGAUUCCAAAUGACUCAUUCGCUGGGAGGUGGUACCGGGUCUGGCAUGGGAACUCUGCUCAUUUCGAAAAUCAGAGAAGAAUAUCCGGACAGAAUCAUGAACACAUUCAGCGUAGUGCCGUCUCCUAAAGUAUCCGACACAGUGGUUGAGCCUUACAAUGCAACGUUGUCAGUCCAUCAACUAGUGGAAAAUACAGAUGAGACCUACUGUAUUGACAAUGAAGCACUCUAUGAUAUCUGCUUUCGAACUCUGAAACUUUCCAAUCCCACUUAUGGAGAUCUCAACCACCUUGUCUCUGCAACUAUGUCUGGAGUGACAACAUGCCUAAGAUUUCCCGGCCAACUAAACGCUGACCUCCGUAAACUGGCGGUAAACAUGGUGCCGUUUCCGCGUCUGCACUUUUUCAUGCCGGGUUUCGCGCCUCUGACGUCACGCGGCAGCCAGAUGUACCGCGUGCUGUCUGUGCCUGAGCUGACUCAGCAGAUGUUCGACGCCAAAAACAUGAUGGCCGCCUGCGAUCCCCGGCAUGGUCGUUACCUCACUGUCGCCGUCAUCUUCCGCGGACGCAUGUCCAUGAAGGAGGUCGAUGAGCAGAUGCUCAACAUUCAGAAUAAAAACUCGUCGUUUUUUGUGGACUGGAUUCCUAACAAUGUGAAGACAGCUGUGUGCGAUAUACCACCUCGCGGACUGAAGAUGUCGGGCACUUUCAUUGGCAACUCUACAGCCAUUCAAGAGCUAUUCAAGAGGAUCUCUGAUCAGUUUUCAGCCAUGUACAAACGAAAGGCUUUCCUUCAUUGGUACACAGGUGAAGGAAUGGAUGAGAUGGAAUUCUCAGAGGCAGAACUCAAUAUGAAUGAUUUAAUAUCAGAGUACCAACAAUAUCAAGAGGCUUCAGCAGAUGAUGAGCAAGAUUAUGAGGAAGAUAUUGAGGAUACAGAAUAGAUAAAAAAUACCAAUAAAGAAAAGAAACUAAUAAGACUAAGUACUAUACCCAACAACCUCUCAUAAAAUUCCAAAAUAUGAAGAAAAUUUAUGAAUACCAGAAAAUUCCAAUGAAUAAAAGUAACGGAUAAAUUAUUUAAUGUAAAAAUUUGUUGAUCAUACUCUGCCAUUCCAUUUGAUAUUGCACGAUUCUUUAUUAUUUUUUAUGCAAGGUAUUUUUUAUAAUUGGUUUACAGUAUUUAGAGACAGGUUGAGUAAUUGAUUAUCUCUAAAUCUGCUUAAACCUGAACUAGUUUCUAUAAAAGGAGAUAUUAUUGUUCACUAAUGAAACUGUUUUAUUGGAAGUUGAUAAUGAUAAAACCUGCUUGUUUCAAGAGAAGUGGAUUUCAAGAAAUCAAGUGCAAGUGUUAAUUUUUUUUAAAUGCUCAAUAGAGAUUUUAUACUUAAAGCUUGAACGAUUCAAAGUAGGUUGAUCAACUUGAAGAUAAAAACAGUAUGAAUGAUGAUAUCUCCACAAAAAAAUUAUUAAUAGGUUAGGGCAUAAUAAAGCAUCUUGUAAUGGAAAAUGGUUGGCAGAAUGACUGCAUAAUGCAUAAAUUUGUGAUGUCAAAUGUAAUGAAUAAAAAGCCAUGUUUUUCACG